AUUUGGAAGUGAUUAUCAUUGAUGUCUUGUGAAAAAAGACAGUUGCAGUCCACGUCUAUACUUGUGUUUUUUGCUGGAUAUUCUAGUAUAUUUUUAAAUGGUGUGACAGGAAUGAUUACCUCACUGCGAUCCUCGUUGAAGUAUAAUAUUUGAAUCCGAAGUUGCGGUGAGGUGGUAAAACUGCCGCCAUGGCAACCGAGCCCGAGAAGCUGGAGAACAGGUUUGGGAUAACCACCAAUGAGCUGAGGCAUCUUAUGGAAGUAAGAAGUCGUGAAGGCUUAGAAUACAUUAAAGAUACAUAUGGAGAUAUUUAUAAACUUUGUGAUAAAUUACAGACGUCAACAACAGAUGGUCUAUCAGGAACAAAAGCGGACUUAGAUAGACGGCGAGUUGUUUUUGGUGCAAAUGUUAUUCCACCCAAACCACCAAAGAGUUUCUUACGAUUAGUAUGGGAAGCACUUCAAGAUACUACUUUAAUUAUUUUAGAAAUAGCAGCAAUUAUUUCAUUAGGUCUGAGCUUUUACCAGCCCAAAGAUGAUUCUGUCGAAACUGAUUCGGGUGAACAGGAAGCCGGUUGGAUAGACGCAGUAGGCAUCUUAGUGGCGGUUAUUUUAGUAGUAUUUGUCACAGCGUUUAACGACUGGAAUAAAGAAAGAAAAUUUCGAGGUCUUCAAAAUAGGAUAGAACAAGAACAAAAUUUUGCUGUUAUUCGGGGCGGAGAAAGUUUACAAAUUAAUAACAAAGAAAUUGUAGUUGGCGAUAUAUGUCAGGUUAAGUAUGGUGACUUACUUCCAGCUGAUGGUGUUGUUAUUCAGUCUAAUGACUUGAAGAUUGAUGAAAGUUCAUUAACUGGAGAAUCAGAUCAAGUUAAGAAAGGACCACUAAGGGAUGUCCAUUUACUAUCAGGUACACAUGUGAUGGAAGGAAGUGGUAAGAUGGUAGUGACGGCUGUUGGCUUGAACUCACAAAAUGGUAUUAUAUUUGCUCUAUUGGGUGCUACUGAUGAACAAAUUGUUUCACAGAAGAGGAAAAAGAAGAAGAAGAAAGAUGAUUUAAAGAAAGCUGAAAGCAAGGACAUUGAUGAAGCUAUGAAGAAAACUGAUGGCGAUGCCAGUAGUAAAGUACUGGAUGGUAAAGCAGAUGGUGCAAUGAAUGAUGGGAUAGCAGAUGGCAAGAAAGAUGAGGAACUCAGUGAAGAUGAAGAGGAAGAAAUAAAAAAGAAAUUCAAGAUGCCAUCGGUUCCUAAGAAAGAGCAAUCAGUCCUGCAACUCAAGCUAACAAAGCUCGCAAUCCAGAUUGGAUAUGCAGGUUCAGCAAUAGCAGUUCUCACAAUACUUGUGUUGGUAUUGGGUUUUUGUAUUGAAACAUUUGCUAUUGAAAAUAAAUCAUGGAGUAACACCUACUGGACUGACUUAAUUGAUUAUUUCAUUAUUGGUGUAACAGUCUUGGUUGUUGCAGUACCUGAAGGAUUACCCCUUGCUGUAACUCUCUCCUUAGCUUAUUCUGUAACAAAAAUGACUAAAGACAAUAAUUUAGUGAGACAUUUAGAUGCUUGUGAGACCAUGGGAAACGCUACAGCUAUUUGUUCUGAUAAGACUGGAACAUUGACAACGAAUAGAAUGACAGUGGUACAAGCUUACAUCGGAGGCACUCAUUUUAAAACUGUUCCAGAGCGAAAUGACAUCUCUUCUAAAAUUUAUGAUAUUAUGUUACAUGCAAUCUCCAUCAAUAGUAGUUACACCUCCAAAGUUAUACCCCCUAAAGAAAGUGGACAGAUGCCAACUCAAGUCGGUAACAAAACUGAGUGUUCAUUGCUUGGAUUAAUUAAAGAGCUGGGUGGAGAUUAUGAUGCUAUUCGAGAUGAAUGGACUGAAGAAAAAUUUCACCAUGUCUACACCUUCAACUCUCUACGUAAAUCCAUGAGCACUGUGAUUCCUCUACCAAAUGGUGGUUUUAGACUAUUCAGUAAAGGUGCUUCAGAAAUAAUUCUUAAAAGAUGCUCAUCAAUAAUGGACGCUGAAGGUCAGCCGCAACCGUUUCUUCACACUGAUAGGGAAGCUAUCAUUCAUAAUGUCAUUGAACCCAUGGCUUGUGAUGGACUGAGGACGUUGAGUAUAGCUUAUCGAGACUUUCUUAAGGAGGAACCAGACUGGGACGAGGAGUCUAACAUUGUAACAAAUUUAACUUGUAUAGCUAUUGUUGGUAUCGAAGAUCCAGUUAGAACAGAGGUUCCUGAUGCCAUUGUAAAAUGUCAAAAUGCUGGUAUCACAGUACGUAUGGUAACAGGUGAUAACGUUAACACAGCUAGAUCUAUUGCCUCCAAGUGUGGCAUUCUAAAACCAGGAGAGGAUUUCUUAGUCUUAGAAGGAAAAGAGUUUAAUAGACGAAUCAGGGAUAACUAUGGAAUUAUUCAACAAGAGCUGUUGGACAAAAUCUGGCCAAAAUUACGGGUGCUAGCGAGGUCGUCGCCGACUGAUAAGCACACGUUAGUUAAGGGUAUUAUAGAUAGUAAAAUUAGCACUAAUCGUGAAGUUGUAGCGGUAACUGGUGAUGGUACAAAUGAUGGCCCUGCAUUGAAAAAAGCUGAUGUAGGCUUUGCCAUGGGCAUUGCUGGUACUGAUGUAGCUAAAGAAGCAUCUGAUAUUAUUCUUACGGAUGACAAUUUUACAAGUAUAGUUAAAGCUGUAAUGUGGGGUCGUAAUGUUUACGAUAGUAUUGCCAAGUUUCUUCAGUUUCAAUUGACGGUCAAUGUUGUAGCUGUUACAUUGGUGGUUAUUGGUGCUUGUACAAUUAAGGACAGUCCUCUGAAAGCUGUCCAGAUGUUAUGGGUUAAUUUAAUUAUGGACACUUUUGCAUCGUUAGCAUUGGCCACUGAACCGCCUACUGAAGAUUUACUUACACGUAAGCCGUAUGGACGUACAAAACCAUUGAUAUCUCGUACAAUGAUGAAGAAUAUAUUAGGCCACUCUGUUUAUCAACUGACUAUCCUGUUUUGUAUACUUUAUGCGGGCCAUUAUAUUUUUGAUAUUGAUAAUGGUAUUGGUAUAUCCCAUCCAACUGUACACUUUACACUUCUGUUCAAUACUUUUGUAAUGAUGCAAUUAUUUAAUGAAGUGAAUGCAAGGAAAAUACAUGACGAACGGAAUGUCUUUAAAGGUUUACACAACAAUCCUAUCUUUUUGGUUAUCCUUUUCGGAACGUUUGCUGUUCAGAUAGUUCUCAUUGAAGUUGGAGGUAUUGUGUUCCAUACGGUUCCUCUGACUGCUGAUCAGUGGAUGUGGUGCAUUUUUCUAGGCUGUGGGGAGUUGCUAUGGGCCCAGUUGAUGUGUACAAUACCUACAGCUAAGCUUCCCCGUAUCUGUAGUUAUGGUAGUGGGGACGCUGCUGAAGAAGUGCCAAGCAUUACUGAAGCCGAUGAUGGCGAUUCCAAGAUUGAGAUGAAGAGAGCUCAAAUCUUGUGGAUGAGAGGAUUGACACGAUUACAGCAACAAAUCCGCGUUGUGAAUGCAUUCCAAGCGGGGCUUGAAAGAAUGUCAGCAGACAAGAAAAGUCUUAAUUCUGUACAUGAAUUUAUGUCUCACAUCACAUCGGACUCAUACAAUCUGCCUAACAACCAAGAUGACGUGGACUCCAACCUUCAUAGUAUUGAAACAACCGUUUAAUAUGGUUGCUUGGUGGACGUGGACUUUGAUGGACUCCAUUUUAGAGUAUUGCAUGCUGAUCUGUUUGGGAUUCCCUCAGAUGCAACUUCAAUAUUUUUUUAUUUGUUUUGUCUUCUUUUUUUUUCAGCUUUGCUUUUAUGCUUUGAGAUAUGUUUUAACUACUUUAUGCUUUUAUGUUUUUUUUCUAAGAAAUAAUUUUCUUUAUCAUAGAUUCAGCAUAUUUUUUUUCCCCCCUUGUUUUGUUGAUUUUUUGCACUAUUUGUUUGUUGUUUCUCCGUUUGGGGCAUGUUUGGGGGUAAUUCCAAACCCUCUCACUAUCACCACACCCACAGACCCAUAACCCAUAACCACUUACCCAGCCGCAGAUCCACAUAACCAACCCACCCUACUUACAGCAUCCAAUCACUAACCAUCCUCUCCCCUCUCUAUUCCUGGAAUGGUCUACAUCACUGUCCAGUUUGUGAUUCAGCCUCUAUAUGGGACUGUUGUUUUAAUAGAUGAAGGUGUUGGUAGUUUACCUGUCGUCAUUGUUGUUCCUAAAAUUCCUAUAGCAAGGUAGCUUGUGUUAGCCUAGUUUUUUGUUUCUCCGAACAAACUAGCGAGUCCGACCCCCCUCCCACAACUCCCUCUGUUCAGACGUACUGAACAUCUUGUAAAUACGUGUUUAAAUUAGUCGUAUGACUAAUGUCUUACUCACAACUUGAGACUGAAUUUUAUUUAACAUCUUAUAAUAAUUGAAUAUCAGAAUGAACACCUAAUUUUGAUUGUUAUUGGGCCCUUCGUUUUUACCAUCCUAUCAUGAAUAUCAAUUUUCUUUUUAUUGUCACUUGUAACUUUUGUGUGGCAGGGUAUUUCUGACCUUGUGUAUAUAUAUAUGUUUAUCGGUUUUCACUAUUUACAGGUGAAUGGAAAGAUUUCUUCGCUCACUUGAGAUAUGCAAACAGCACGUUUUUUUCAAAGUAAAAAAAGUUUUGGGAUUUAAAAUGACAUAUAAAUAUCACCGUUAUUUUGUCUUUGUUGCUCAUGAUUAGUUAGAAGUCAAAAUAGAAUGCUCCUGCUGUUAAAUUAUGUUGCUUUCAAAUUAGCUACAAUGUAACCUCCAAUCAGAUACAAAUAUUUGCAAACUUUUCAGGGAUUUUGCAUCUCAUUUACAUCUGAUUAACAUUAUUAUUGCAUUUCCAAUCAAAUUUCUGUUAUUCAAUGCUUAUUUGCAUUUGUUCAUUUCCGUGUUCAGUGUAGCUCAUCCUAUCUCCAGUUCACACACUCACACGCUCACACGCACGCACACACACAUACACACACACACACACACACACACACACACACACACACACUCACUCACAUGUACUCAGAGUGUUUCAUCUCUAUUCUGACCAAGAGCUCUGUAAAUAUUUUUUUCUGAAUUUUGCUUAAUAUUUGUGUAAUUUUUUCCAUUUUGCACUUAUAAUGGAGAACACACAGCAAUAAGUUGUGGGAGUUUUCUUAUAUGAAAUGGUAGACUUUUUAGUAUCUUUCCACCAUUCAUAAUUAUAUUUCAGUGAAUGUUUUGUGAAAUGUGCAAUCAAUAUUAUUGAGUUGACUAUAAGUUAACUCCCUUGCACAUUGUUAACCAUUGUGUCAGACACGAUUCUAUUAUUUAUUUUAUUUUCUCAGGAUUGCUUAAAAAUGAAGAGUUGACAUAUCACUAUGGUGACUGUGUACAUUUUAAAAUGUGUCAAUAUUGUAUACGUGCCUGGUCUUUCACGUUCUUCUCGACAGUCAGGUUACAUCUCCAAAGCCAUCUGUAUUUUUGAACUGAUUGGGUUAUCACCGCAGUUCAGGAAUACAGAUAUCUUGGCGGUGCAACUUGAUUGUACGAGCUCAAAUGGUUUUGUUUUUUUAGGCAUUUCAGAUAGAUACUACACAGUUAACGAAGCAAACAUUGUUUAAAAUGAACUUUUAUUAUUUGCUAUAGAUUUCCUCUUGCCGAUGCAAGGUGGUUUUUCUUAAUUUUGUAAAAUUAAAAGUAGAUUUUUUUCACAUCGCCUCUUCUUAUAACAGUUUACAAACGCUGCUUGACAAUUUUUUAAGUGUAUCUACAACAUAAAAUAGCCAAGUGUUUUUUUGCCCAAUCAAAUCAGUUUUGAUAAAGUUGGGAAGUUAAUUGGUUGUGUAAAAUUAAGACUAAUCGGUGUUUUACAGUAUGUUUCCUAUAAACAAAAAAAAUCCAACUUAUUCUCUAGAUGUUUUGAGAGUAUGUACUGUGUAUGCGUACUGAAGUAAUUUGAUUAGAUGGUUUUCCAGCAAAUUGACAACUGAUUUCCCUUUCAUCUACUUGACUUUAAAUGGCUUUUGAAUUAAGUAGGACGUAGUUAAGACUUUAAAAAAAUGAAGAAAAGAAACGCGCUCUUAAUUUUUUGCAUCUUUCACUUUUUUACUAUGAGCAAUACAGUUGAAAUAACUCUAAUGUGCCAUAUCUCAUUCUUUGUGUGGCAAUACAUAAGAAUCUUUUUUUUAUUAAUCUGUUUAUUGCAGUAUGUUUCUUUAUCGAUAAUGUUUUAAUUUUAGGGGAAUAUUAUAAAUAUGAACAUUUGAGUUACAAUUUCAAACAGCAUUCAGCUUACUUGUUUUUUAGACUCCAAACUUUAGGUGUUCUAGUGCACAGUGCAGUCAAGUUGUAAUGUAAGCUUAUAUUUUAUACCAUAAAACCCAUCCUAUUAUACAUA